GCGGGAGUGCAGGAGUGAGAGAGAGAGGUGUGGGAGAGAGAGAUGUGCACGUGAGAGGGAGCGAGAAUUCAUGGCCACGGGGCCCUGGCAUUGACAGGAGAGUUGAUGAAGGGUGAGUCCGUUUCGGUGGGAUCCGGAUCGUACAAUAAGGGGAAUUUUAGAAUAAUUUCCUGAAAAGAGGGGUGCUGUGUGCCAGUUCCAGAGCUCAGAUGUCAUAUGUGUGCAAACGUGCCUGUUGCUGUUGAGGGAUGACACAGCAGUGAGACCGCAUACAGCGGUGUAGCCUGGGCUUGCAUAUCUGCCGGCACGGGGAAGGGAGAUGAGAGAGAGAUACACUACAGAGGGGAUCAGUCAGUUUUGGAAAAGAUGGUGAUUAGGAAGUAAAGCCGUCCCUGUCACCCCGUAUGGGUGCUCCCUGUGAAGUGGUGCCUCUGGGAAUGAAGCAUGUGGGACACGUGUGGUUCAGAGAGGUGUGUGCAGCAGGUGGUGCAAAGGGAUGGCCUCGCAAACUGGAACUCGGGUUGAAAAGGUGAAUCGGGCAUAGGUGAAUCGCCCAUCGGACUCCUCCUCCUUCUCCUCUUCCUCCCUUUCCUUCUCCUCCCUCCCCCUCCACCAUGAUUUUAGUGUCCUUGAGGUACAAUCUGGGGGACUAAAGGGUAUUGCCUGACAGGGCCAUUGUCAGAUCACUCACACUCUCUUUAUGGCCAGCAUCCCUCCCUGCCCUGUGUUUGUGACACCCACUGCUGUUGACCAGGGGCAGUGUGGCCUACAUGGGAGUCCCAGAGCACAGGUGUCAUCUCUGUGCCCGUCUGCCCUUACUGUUGCGGGAAGACACAGUGUCAGUGGGAAUGAAAGGGCAGAGUGACUUUGGUGGACAGAGGCCUGGUAUCUUCUCUGAUGUGGGGAGUAGAGGAGCAGAUGGUGUGAAGGGUGGGGAGAAUGAAAGACUCGGAAUCUUAGGAGAGAAGCUGGUCAUGGACUGAACUGUCCCCGUUACCACAGGAGAUGGACUUUGAGGACGUGGCCGUCGCCUUCUCCCAGGAGGAGUGGGGGCUCCUGGAUGAGGCUCAGAGACUCCUGUACUGCGAGGUGAUGCUGGAAGUGUUUGCACUGGUCUCAUCUGCAGGUUGCUGGCAUCAAACGGAGGAGGAGGAGGAGGCCCGUCCUGCGCACAGCGUGUCUGUGCACGGGGAGCCCCAGGUCCGUGAUGCUCAGGCAGCUCCCGCCACCCCGAGGGCCCGUCUCUGCGGGCGGUGUUUCUCGGUGUUAAAAGACGUUCUGCGCCUGACUGAGUCGCCGGCAGCAGACUUUGACCCGAAACGCUACUUUGGUGAUGCGUGUGUGAGGGUCUUCUGUUUCAGCGCACACCCUCACCAGCCGCAGAGGGAAGCCGGGGGCCAGAAGGCCUGGGCGGAAGCUGUGGACGGGGCCCCGCUUGUGACCAGGUGCAGCCUCACCUUAUCAGAGCUGCCUUCCACCAGCGGCGAGGCUGGGGAAGACUUCCCAGCCAUCCCAGCGCUUCCCCUGCACCCGGCCCUCCUCAACCCCGAGGAGCCGCACGGCGGCAGCGAGAUUACGCUGGAGUUACUCAGCGAGGAGAGCUAUCCCUACUGGGGCGAAGAUGACAUCGCUGCCUCCCACAGCCAGGACAUUGUUCAGCAUCAGGCUGGCUUUCCCGAAGGAAAGAUGUACGAGUGCAACAAGCGCAGGACCGUUUUUAGCCGCAUCUUGAACCUCAAGCCCCACAGGAGCGUGUACGCCGAAGAAAGCCCGUAUGAGGACAGCGACUGCGACAAGGACUUCGGUCCGAGCUCCAACCUCCGGCCGCGCAAGAGGGUCUACGCCGGUAAGAAGCCCUACGUGUGCAGCGACUGCGGGAAGGCCUUCAGCCAGAAGUGCGCCCUCAUCCAGCACCACCGGAUCCACACGGGGGAGAAGCCGUUCGCGUGCAGCGAGUGCGGGAUGGCCUUCCGGCAGAAGUUCACCCUCAUCCAGCACUACCGGAUCCACACGGGGGAGAAGCCGUACAAGUGCACCGUGUGCGGCAAGUCCUUCAGCCAGAGCUCCUACCUCAGCCUGCACAAGAGGACGCACACCGGCGAGAAGCCCUUCAUCUGCAGCUUCUGCGGCAAGUCCUUCAGCCAGAAGUGCACCCUCAUCCAGCACCACCGGAUCCACACCGGGGAGAAGCCUUACGAGUGUCACGAGUGCGGGAAGGCCUUCCGGAGCAACAGCCACCUCUACUACCACAAGCGGGUCCACACGGGGGAGAAGCCGUACGCCUGCGCCGAGUGCGGCAAGUCCUUCAUGCUGGUGUCCACGCUGACGGAGCACCAGCGGAUCCACUCCGGGGAGAAGCCCUACCAGUGCGGGAACUGCCGCAAGUCCUUCAGCCGCAGGUCCAAGCUCAUGGGCCACCUCAGGAUCCACACGGGGGAGAAGCCGUACGAGUGCAGCGAGUGUGGGGAGUGUUUUCGGUGGAAGCCCAGCCUGGUCAGACACCUGCGGGUCCACACGGGAGAGAAGCCUUAGCCGCACAGGGGGUGUCUUGUCUCUCUCACACUACAGCGCUGACGGGGACUCGGGCCCGCUCACCUGAGCGUAAACUCCUUUUGUUGGGGCACACGCUCCCCUCGGCUCCUCACAGGUUUGAGGUACAGGGGGGGCUCGAAGGAGCCGCAUGGUACUUGCCGAUGUGCCGAGACCUGGCUCAGCUGGAUGGCGUGCUCAGGGGACGUGUGUGCUGUGUUCUCCCUGUGCUUGAGGAAGUUGUGAAGACUCCGAGCUCCUGGCAGGGUCUUCAUUCCUUUCUCUGACUAAGGCAUGGGCCCACCCCGGGCCUCGUCCAGAGGCCCCAUCCUCUCUCAGGGACGCUGUGGGUCUCCCCUUUUGCUGUCACGAGUUGCUUCAGCUUCUCACUCACCAGCCUGCAAACCGCUUGCUGUGCACGGCUCUGGACGGUGCCGUUUCUGUAGCAGCAUUUUUGCUUUUGUACCUUUAGUCCUGGUGGUCCUGGUCGCCGCCUGGGGUGGUUUGCAAGCACAGUUGUGGCCUGUCAGCACGUAGAGUUACCAGGUACCGUGGGGAUCCCACGCUCUCUGUGCUUCAAGGAGGGACACAGAGAGGCAGGAAAUCACUCUUUGUCCAGUACUGUCCUAGUUUGCAUUCUGCCCAGGGCCUUAAAAUAAAGACCGUGUGACUUUGUGGUUCUAUUUUGCAGGUUUGAUCCUUGGCUCCCAGUUGCGGCUAGUUUAGGAGACAUCCAGCCAUUGUGUGUGUGUGUGUGUGUGUGUGUGUGUGUGUGUGUCUCUGACCCCUCCCUUACAUUCUCUGAAAAAUUAACAGAGCUCUGGCUGGGUUUGCUCAGUGGGU